AUGCAAAUGUUUGUGACCAUAGCAUGUACUGCCUCUGCUUGGAGCCUCCGAGCAUGUUGCAUCAAGCUUUCCUUUUCCAAGAACUCCAGGUCGAAAAUCAAUGCUACAAAGUCAAUGGUUAACGGUGGCGGUCAAUGGUUAAUGGCGGUGUUCAACAAUCUACGAUACUGGGUCAGCUUGAAAGAGAAUCCAUCAUUUGAAUCACUUCUCAGUAUCUACACCCUUAAAAAUCAUUUCUGCAAAGUUUCUCGUGUUAUCAAACUGUUAAUGGCAACUUCAUUGUUUCUGCCUAAGAAGCUCCCUCUUUUCCUUAACAUAUCCUUUGUUUUCCUCCUCUUCUUUAUUAUAAGUUAUGAUUUUCUUGGCCAAUCCAAUAAUGGGCAAAUUCCCAUCAUUAAUAACCACCCUUUGACCCCCCAUGGGAGUAACAAUGAUAGCUGCGCCAGUCUCCAUGACUUCACUGAUUAUAGGCUAAGGUGCUUGUAUGUGAAGUCCGAAAUCGGGUGCAGGCCUAAAGGGUACAUAAACUAUCUCCAGAUCUUUUAUUGCACUUGUGGAGGAUUUCCAAUCCUUGGCCAUCUUGUGCUCUUAACAUGGCUGCUAGUUUUGUUCUAUCUAUUGGGUGAUACUGCAGCAAAUUACUUCUGCACUUCCUUAGAGUCCUUGUCUAAAAUACUGAGGCUUUCCCCUGCCAUUGCCGGAGUCACCCUCCUUUCACUCGGAAAUGGCGCUUCCGAUGUUUUUGCCAGUAUUGUUUCUUUCACAGGGUCCGGAAAUGGAGGUGUUGGUCUCAAUAGUGUGUUGGGUGGUGCCUUCUUUGUGUCUAGUCCUGUCGUCGGGGUUAUUAGUAUAAUUAUCAGCAGUCAUCGGAUUCCAGUCGACAAACCGAGCUUCAUUAGAGACAUCAUCUUCUUCCUUUUAGCACUUUCUUCCCUCAUGUUUAUCUUUUUUGUAGGUGAAAUCACUUUGGGGGGAGCUAUUUCCUUUGUUUCCAUCUACUUCCUGUAUGUUUUUGCUGUUUCUGCAUCACAUUUCUUCUACAAAAGCAAUGAAAGUAACAUGGAGUCCAUACCAGUCUCCACUGAUAACAUAGGAGAUGUUGGGAUACCAUUGCUAGGUUAUGCAAGUGAUGGAAAAUCUUUGCUUGUGGAUAAAGAAACUAAUGGAAAUCAAGAGGAAACCCCAAAGUUUUUCGACUUCGAAUCACCGAGCUUUUACUACGUUGGUAAGUUUCUGUAUCUUUUGGAGUUACCUUUGUACUUGCCAAGGAGAUUGACCAUUCCAGUGAUCAAUGAGGAUAGAUGGUCCAAGCCGUAUGCAGUCAUUUCAAUGACAUUAGCACCCCUAAUGUUGGCUGAACUCUGCAACUCUCAAAGGGAAAAAGCCAUGGGUUCCAACACCAGUUUGGUGACCUAUAUGGUUGCAGGGUUGGUUGGAUUGGUGUUAGGGAACCUAGCAUUUGUGACCACCAAGAAAUCUAGCCCACCAAAGAGGUGUCAAUUACCCUGGCUCAUUGGAGGAUUCCUUAUGAGUGUGUCCUGGACAUAUUUUACAGCUGAGGAACUGGUAUCUUUAUUGGUUUCUUUUGGGAAUAUCUUGGGGAUAAGUCCUUCAGUUCUGGGACUCACUGUCCUUGCAUGGGGCAACUCACUUGGGGACUUAAUAUCCAAUUCAGCAAUGGCACUGAAUGGUGGGGCAGAUGGGGUUCAAACUGCCAUCUCAGGGUGCUAUGCUGGGCCCAUGUUUAACACACUGGUGGGUUUGGGGGUAUCAUUUGUUUGGUCAUCGUGGUCAGUAUACCCUGCUUCAUUUGAAAUCCCAAGAGACCCUACCCUUUAUGAGACACUGGGGUUUCUAAUGGCAGGCUUGCUUUGGGCACUGGUCAUUUUGCCAAGGAAAAAUAUGAGAUUGGAUAAGUUCCUUGGAGGUGGGCUCUUAGCCAUCUACUUUUGCUUUCUCUCCCUCAGACUAGCCAGAGCUCUUGGUAUACUCAAACUUCAUGAGGGCCUUUCACUUCAUGCCCUAAAAUGGUGACCUUCUUCAUUGUAAUUUCUGAUA